GGACCCCCGCCGCCCCACGGACACGAACCGGACCGGCGACCCCGGCGCGUCCGCCAGGGGAGCCCCGCAUCCCGGCUGGCAUGGACCCCGCAGCAGGGCUCUGACCACCGGGGAACCAUGCCGACCGCCCUCGCUGCUGGCAACGGGAAACUUUCCAUUGUCUGCUUUCUGCUCCGAUGCGCUUAUUCUCAGGUAUCGAGAAGCCGACGCGUCAGCGGUGCCAGAGACACUCUCAAGGAGAUGACCCAGUCCUGGCCGUCGCAGCAGGCCCUGGCAGGUGACCACGCCCAGCGGAUCCUCUACAACUCCAAGGAUGCAAAGCAGUCAUCGGCACAUCAACGGCAAAGUCGCGGGGAUGUGCAGCAGCGGAUGACCCGUCACCCUCACGUGGCCCCCCACAAAUCGAUGCUCGCUGAUGACCUGGAGCUGAGCAGCGACGAUGACGACACUCAGAGGGCCAUCCACGAGUCGGCGUCCUGGGACCGACACAGCCUGUCAGCGCAGAGGCAGCACACACAUGGCAGGCGGGUGAGACAUUCCAGCUCCGACUCCUCGGACUCCGACUCGUCGGGCGAGUCGGGCAGCGCCAGCCCCGGGGGCGGCGGCGGUGGGUUUCAUUCCCGCAGCUCCAGCCAGAGUCCAGAGGUCGACCCGGAUCCUCCGUCACCUGCUGACCCGCAGCCGCCGUGCAGCAACCAGGAGCCCGACCACCCGUCUGCCACCCAGUGGCAGCUCGAUGAAUGGCUGAAAAGGUCCCGGAGGAAGUCUGCAGGCGCUGACCGAGAUCCGCCCCAGAACUUUCCGGGCCAACGGCCGUCUCCUGGCGCCCAGCGAGCCCCGUCGCCAGCCAGGUCAUGGGACAGCCGUCGGGAGUACAGCCCCAGCCAGAGCCCCAUCCCUAGCCCGCAGUUCAGCUACAGUCGCCACGGCAGCCCCCUACCCAGCCCCGGCUACAGUUUCUGCCCGAGUCCCAGCCCGUUCCCCAGCACCUGCCCGAGCCCCACUCCAAGUCCGAGGCGCAGCCCGAUCCCCAGCCCGGUUCCCAGCGUAUGUCCCAGCCCUUGCGGGAGCCCCGGACUCAGUCGCAGCCCGAGCCCCAUAGCUAGAGAUCCUCCCAAAAGCCCGAUUCCUACUUUACCUGCGUUUACCCGAGUUCGUCACAACCCCGAGGGUCAGAGUCCCAACCGAACACGUCCCAGCUUGACGGGUCACCCUCACAGGACAAAAGUCAGGCCAUGGGUUGCUCCGGCGACGACCACCAACACAAAGAUCCAGCCGGCACAUCAGCAUCAGCACCGGCCUAACGUCCACCGAGACCAAAGCCGCAGCAAGCCCAGACUUCCUGAGAACCACAAUUACAAAUCCAGACACAAACCGACCUGUGAUCCAAGCGCCAAAGCACCUGCGGACACACCCAAAGCCAGAGACGCAUCGCACCUUGAGAAAACCCACGGUAAAAGGUCCAAUCAGGAGCCUCGGCAUCUAUUUCAACAACGUAGCCCCACAAGAACAAAGCACCCGGGGUCCACUAGUGGGGCGACCAGCGCCGGUCACGGGUCGCAUCCUCCGCCUUCCUCUAAAGCUGCUACUGUUUCUCACGCUGGGUCCAGUUCUAGGCCCAGUCCUGGUCUGAAACACAGGUCCAAGUCUUGGGAGGCUCCGGCCCCGACCCCAGCACAUCCCAACCACUCCAAAUCUUCGCAGAAGCAAACCCACGCCAAAGUUCAGGAGGUGAACCCGAGAGGAGGGCGUCCGACCCGGGCAGAGGAGAGGAAACCCGGGAGGAAAGACGACGGGCACGGAGGGAGACGUCACGGAAAACCGGAGAGAAAGGAAGAAAGGAGGCUGGCGGAGGAGCAGCUGAGGCGUCCCUGGAUCCAAAGUUCGACGGAAGAAGAGGACGAAGAGGAGGAUGGUGCGACGGAGCUGCAGGGCGGGAAGGAGGAGGCGGUGAGAGGCGGGAAACGGAAGAACGACGAGCGGCCGCACGGAUGGCAAACGGCUCAGGCCAAAGAGAGAGGGCCGACCGACGCGCCGCGGCGCCACCUCCGAGACGAGUCGCAGCAUCGGAGGACCAGUAGAGGCGGGAGAAGUGAGGAGGACAGGGACUCGUCAGGUUCCCCGAGUCCUCGCAGACCGUUCUCUUCAUCCUCAUCCUCGUCCUCCUCUUCUUCAAGUUCAGAAUCGGAGUACCGAGCGCCGGUCGCCAAAGUCUCGGCAGACUCCACCUCUCACAGCAGAGCCAAUAAAAGGGUCAGACGGGACCCAGCUGGAGCCGACGGGACCAGAGCCAAGGCAGUGCCGCCCAGAGCGUCCGGCGCGGCGGCUGGCAGCGACGGGCAGCGAGGGGAGAAGCGGAAGAAGCUCUACACCCUGGUGCCAUUCGGGCGCAACGAGAAGUCGGCUCCGUUCUCCCAGAGGGGGCUGCAGAACCUGGUGGUCCAGAUAGACCUGUGUCUUCUCAAGAGGGUCCCGGACAGCCCCACGCACCCCCCCGCCAGGAAAACCUCGUCCUCGUCCUCCAGCAAGGACAACGGAGAGGCUAUGAAGCACGCGCACGUCCCCGACACCGCCAGCAAAGACGGCAAAAGGAAGCGCAAGCUGGAGAGCGAGGCGUCGUGCAGGGAGAGCAAGCGGAGCUUUCCUGAGGCCGACGACGCCUCGGGCCACAAAGAUUCCUCGUCACUCGUGACGGAGACGAUGCAGAACGGAUACCUGCAGGAGUUGGUGGACAGCAACGGGCCGGCGUCCCCACUGUCCCCCUUGUCUCCUCUCCCCCAGAGCCCCGAGACCAACAAGCCUACCUCCAGAACCAAGACGGCCGACCAGCAGAAGAACCGAGACAGGAGCAGGGACGCCGCCGUAAAGCAGCCCAAGACGGAGGCGGAGAGCGUGAAGGUGUCGCGGCAGCCGCAACCGCCGCCGCCCGAGUCCUCCUGGGGCCCCGCUGGUCACCAGGGAGCGCUGCCGAACCACAAAACCCCCCACCAUGCUGAGUACUACUUACACGAAGCAAAGAGGAUGAAGCAUCGCGCCGACGCCAUGGUGGACAAACUGGGCAAAGCGGUGAACUACAUCGACGCGGCUCUCUCCUUCAUGGAGUGUGGGAAGGCCAUGGAGGAGGGACCGCUGGAGGCCAAGUCCCCGUACACCAUGUACGCCGAGACGGUGGAGCUGAUCAGGUACGCCAUGAGGCUGAAGAGCCACGCCGGCCCCGGGGCCCGACAGGAGGACAAGCAGCUGGCCGUCCUGUGCUUCAGGUGCCUUGCUCUGCUGUACUGGCAGAUGUUCCGGUUGAAGAAGGACCACGCGCUGAAAUACUCCAAAGUGCUGCUCGACUAUUUUAAGAGUUCUCCCAAAGUGCCUACGACGCCGCCGUGUUGGGACGACCCUGUGAAGACUACUGCAGGACCCCCACCCGCCCUGUCCCCCAGCCAGAGACACCACCGGCGCGUCUCCCACACCGGCAGCACCGGGGGCUCCCCCGUCAUCAGCAUUCCCCACCGCAUCCACCAGAUGGCAGCAAACCACCUGAACAUCACCAACAGCGUCCUGUACAGCUACGAGUACUGGGAGGUGGCGGACAACCUGGCCAAGGAGAACAAAGAGUUCUUCAACUACUUGAAUACUUUGUCCGGGCCGCUGACCCUGCACAGCAGCAUCGCUCACGCCGUCCAGUACACCCGGCAGGCUCUGCAGUGGAUACGCAUCAGUGCCAAACUCAACUGACAGCAGGGUGAAGUGUCGGGAUCUAUGCAGCUAAACUCUUGAAUCCAGAGUGGGACCAGAGCGCGAUGCUCCCGGGAUGCCGGGCUCUGAUUGGCCCUCGUGACGGAGCGGUCCUGAUGACGACCUGAAGACUUGUGGAGGACUGAGGUCUCGUUUGCCAAAAAUACACUGGACCUCCAGGAACUCAGACGUGAAGAAACGUCUCCGUCUUUAUCAGGAUGGUUUUUCUCUCCGGGGCCAAAACGAAGGAAAAGGUGGUGAAGAAGAAAAAAGACUAAUUAAAACACCACUUCCUCCAAAGUAGGAACGUCCUCUUGAUGACUCUUUUCAAAGCAUCAAAUAUUUCCUCCUCUACGUUUUUACCGUGCAAUGUUUGAUGGAUUCUUUUUUUAAAGAGGCAUUAGGAGACGAAAUAAAGGAGAAAAUGUGAAGUCUGUGGCUGUUUUGAGUUCUGGAUGUGUGAAUGAGACGUGAGG